UCUGGGAGAUUUUCAAUAAGUCCAAAGCUUUACAGUCACACAGUGUAGUUAAUUAGCCGGUUCAGAUCCCAAGAACACACGUAAACACAUUAAACUAUUUCUCAUUAAUUACCAUUAAUUAUUACAAUUAACAACCUUCUUGCCCUUUAACUCCUCUCCUUCUCAUAUAACACCCUCUUGCUACGUUCUUCUUCUUGUGUUCCAGAGAGCUGAAAAUGCUACACAACUAGAGGGAGCACAUUCCAGAGAACAACAAUGCAAGCCCAGUUGCUAUUCUUCUAUUGUUUCAUCGGUCUCUCUCUUGUUUUUGUUGAGGGAGCUCAAAACAUACACUAUGAUGAAUUGUCAACUCUAUUAUCGAUCAAAUCUAGCCUAAUCGAUCCAUCAAAUCAGCUCAAGGAUUGGAAAAUGCCAAGCAAUGGAUCUAAGAAUGAAUCACUUCAUUGUAACUGGACUGGAGUGUGGUGCAACGCCGAAGGCUUUGUAGAGAAACUUGCACUCUCCAACAUGAAUCUCAGUGGCAGUGUAUCACAUCAAAUUCAAGGCCUGCUUAGCCUUUCUUUUCUAGAUAUUUCCCGUAAUGGGUUUGCCUCUUCAUUGCCAAAAUCAUUGGGAAAUCUUACUUCACUGAAGAGCAUUGACGUGAGUCAAAAUAACUUCAUUGGCAGCUUCCCUACUGGCGUAGGAAGAGCCUCAGGGUUGUCUUCAGUCAAUGCAUCAGGCAACAACUUCUCAGGCUUUCUUCCUGAGGAUCUUGGUAAUGCAACAUCACUCGAAAGCCUAGAUUUUCGAGGGAGUUUCUUUGAAGGUUCAAUUCCUACUUCUUUCAAGAAUCUCCAGAAAUUGAAGUUUCUUGGUCUUUCUGGUAAUAAUCUGACUGGAAAGAUACCAAAAGAGAUCGGCCAACUUUCUUCUCUAGAGACUAUAAUUCUUGGAUAUAAUGAGUUUGAAGGUGAAAUUCCAGCAGAGCUUGGCAACCUCACCAAUCUUCAGUAUCUUGACUUGGCAGUUGGCACUCUCAGUGGACAGAUUCCUGCUAAAUUGGGUAUGCUGAAACAACUUACUACGGUUUAUUUGUACAAGAACAAUUUUACAGGAAAGAUUCCACCACAACUUGGCAAUAUUACGUCACUGCAGUUUCUGGAUCUUUCUGAUAAUCAGAUUUCAGGAGAGAUCCCAGUGGAGAUAGCAGAACUGAAGAAUUUGCAGCUCUUGAAUUUGAUGUGCAACCAGCUGAUGGGUCCAAUUCCUAGCAGGCUUGGUGAGGUGACCAAAUUAGAGGUACUUGAGCUAUGGAGGAACUCCUUGAUAGGCACUUUGCCAAUGAAUCUUGGACAGAAUUCACCACUGCGCUGGUUAGAUGUGUCAUCAAAUUCAUUAUCUGGUGACAUUCCACCAGGUUUGUGUGAUUCUGGUAAUCUCACUAAACUCAUCCUCUUCAACAAUUCCUUCUUUGGUCCAAUCCCUGUAGGUCUCUCCACCUGCCAGUCAUUAGUCCGUGUUCGGAUGCAAAAUAAUCUUAUUUCUGGGACAAUUCCAGUUGGAUUUGGAAGUCUCCCAAUACUUCAAAGGCUGGAAUUGGCUCAUAACAAUCUUACUGGUGAAAUACCAGAUGAUAUUGCUCUGUCUGCCUCGCUUUCUUUCAUUGACGUCUCUCAGAACCACCUUGAAUCGUCUCUCCCAUAUAGCAUCCUCUCCAUUCCUAACCUUCAGACCUUCAUGGCCUCCAACAACAAUUUGCAAGGCAAAAUCCCAGACCAAUUUCAAGACUGCCCAUCUCUUUCAGUGCUUGACCUUUCAACCAACCAUUUAUCUGGAACAAUUCCAGGAAGCAUUGCUUCAUGUGAAAAGUUGGUGAAUCUGAACCUCAAAAACAAUCAUCUUGCUGGAGAAAUACCAAAAGAAAUCUCAACAAUGCCCACAUUAGCAAUUCUUGACUUGUCCAACAAUUCUCUGGUUGGUCAGAUCCCAAAGAACUUUGGCAACUCACCGGCCCUGGAAAUGGUCAACUUUUCAUAUAAUAACCUUGAGGGUCCAGUUCCCUCCAAUGGCAUAUUAAUGACCAUAAAUCCAAAUGAUCUCAUUGGCAAUGCUGGUCUUUGUGGUGGUGUCCUUCCACCGUGUUCUCCAAGUUCUCCAAUAUCCAAGCGAAGAGAGAAUUUGCACAUCCAUCACAUAAUUAUUGGAUUCACCAUUGCAUUCUCAGUACUCUUAUCUCUUGCAAUUGCAUUUUUCACAGGGAGAUGGUUGUAUGAAAGAUGGUACUUGUGUAACAGCUUCUUUUAUGAUUGGUUUAAUAAAAGCAGCAAAGAGUGGCCAUGGAUUCUAGUAGCGUUCCAGCGAGUUAGCUUCACUAGCAGCGACAUUCUAGCCUGCAUAAAGGAAUCAAAUAUCAUUGGCAUGGGAGGAACAGGCAUUGUUUAUAAGGCUGAGGUCAAUCGGCCUCAUGUAGCUGUGGCAGUAAAGAAACUAUGGAGGACAAACACAGACAUUGCAAAUGGCGAUGAUCUAUUUGCAGAAGUGAGUCUGUUGGGAAGGCUCCGGCACAGAAACAUUGUGAGGCUGUUAGGGUAUCUCCACAAUGAAACAGAUGAAAUGAUGAUAUAUGAAUACAUGCCUAAUGGAAACCUUUGGUCAGCUUUACACGGUAAGGAAGCUGGAAAGCUGUUGGUCGACUGGGUCUCAAGGUAUAACAUAGCAGUUGGGGUUGCACAGGGGCUGAACUACCUCCACCAUGAUUGUCGCCCACCUGUCAUCCAUCGCGAUAUCAAGUCCAACAAUAUACUGCUUGAUGCAAACCUAGAUGCAAGAAUAGCAGAUUUCGGAUUGGCAAGGACGAUGGUUCACAAGAAUGAGACAGUAUCAAUGGUGGCAGGAUCUUAUGGAUAUAUCGCCCCUGAAUACGGAUACGCUUUGAAGGUUGAUGAGAAGAGUGACAUAUACAGCUUCGGUGUUGUACUUUUGGAGCUUCUAACAGGAAAAAAACCUCUAGAUCCUGAAUUUGGAGAAACUAUUGAUGUGGUGGAAUGGAUUUGGAGAAAGAUUAGAAAUAACAGAGCAUUAGAAGAAGCAUUAGACUCCAACAUUGCAGGACAAUGUAAACAUGUGCAGGAAGAGAUGCUCCUUGUUCUCCGUAUCGCAAUUCUUUGCACUGCAAAGAACCCCAAGGACAGACCAUCUAUGAGGGAUGUCAUAACAAUGCUUGGAGAAGCAAAACCACGAAGGAAAAGCCUUUGUCACAAUGGGGUACACAAUCCUAGUCAAGAGAAGCAAGUCUUUAGCAACUCACCUGUAAUAGGCCUUCUGUAGAACGAGUUCACAAGUUCUUCAGGCUGCUUUUUUUUUUUGAGUAAUUUUUAUAUUUUAUGUAAAUCUUUGUUCUUUCUUUGACUAAACUUGUUCCAUAAGUUCAGUUGGAGGUAUAAC